AUGCAUGGAGUGAGGGACAAGCAAGGGAGGGGGCUUUCAGGCCGCCUCAAGGAGCUGAUCAACCGCGGCGGCGAGAAGAUCUCCCCCCUGGAGGUGGACGGGGCCCUGCUGGCGCACCCCUGGGUGGCCGAGGCCGUGUCCUUCGGCGCCCCAGACCCCAAGUACGGCGAGGUGGUUGCCGCCGCGGUCGUGCUCAAGGAGGGCUGGGAGGGCGCGUUCGAGGGCGCUGACGAGGCGGCCAAGGAGGCGGCCGCGGUAGAGAGCAUCCGCGAGGCCACGGGCAAGGUGCUGUCGGGAUUCAAGGUGCCGGGCAAGGGGCUGCUGUUUGUGACCAAGGCGCUGCCCAAGGGCGCGACCGGCAAGGUCCAGCGGCGCCACAUGCCGGCGGCGUUCCUCGGGGACAAGGCGUGA